GUGUGUGCAGCUCAUUUCUCUUUAAAUGUCACAAGUUUUUGUCUUCUUUUUUUUUGUCUUGUCCAGACAUGAAACCUGACGUAACCUUCUCGGGUGUCUUGCAUGACAUUCUAAAGAAAUUUAACACCUUUUGUUUUGGCUCACCUCUCCUGCGAGUUAUUAUCUCAGUAUGACCUCAAUUGGCCAAAAAGACACAAAGAAACAGGUGAGGGCAGUAGAAAGCCCCCUGGUGCCGUCCCUGUCGCUGCCUCGCUAUGUUGAUCUUGGAUCCGCCUUUUUGCACCCCCACCACAGCUAUCACAGCCUGGGCCACUGUCUUCGCACCAACAUAUUCCCAGGUCUGUACAUCAGUGCUCCUCUAACAUGGAAAUCCCUCUCCAGGGACUCUUACAUCAGCCACCCUCCGGCUGCCGGGCCUACCGACCCCCAUCUCUGGUACGGCCACAAGACGGAUGAAAUGGUCCAGUGGACGGAGAGAAACAUCUUGAACCAGAAGCUCGACAAGACACUGGCAGAAAUGAAAAAAAAGAGCAACGCAAAAUGAGGUCCUGCUUCCUAGCCGUGAGACCACAACACACACUGCGCCCUUGUGAUUCACACCGUGGGUUUCUUUGGAAACUCUAAAAUAAAGUGUGAUUUGAAACUAUA